AUGAGUGGCUACCGAAAAAAACUUAGUGGUGCAGAAUAUCGUAAAAGAAAAGCAGAAGAAUCUACAAAAAUAGACAGUUUACUAAAAAAAAUUCCAAAAAUAUCUAAUUUUAUUACAAGCUCAACUAAUUCUUCUAAUAAUGACCAACAACCGUCAUGUUCAUCUGUCCCGGAAUUGGAAGAAACUUCAGCACCAGAUAACGAAGAAGAACUGUCUAACACUUCUCCAUCACAAGAUACGAACAGGACGCCAUCAAAUUUCUCUUCAUCACAUACAGAAGAACUCCAGUCAACAACUGAUAUUUUACGAUUCAAUAGUGAUCCCGUUUUAUGGAAUUUGAAUGAAGAAACACGGGAUUUUAUAACUAUGAACGGUAUACCACGAAAUGAUAAUACGGAUUUUAAAAAUUCUAAAAAUGUAUAUAAUGAUAAAACAAGGUAUUGUUCCAAAAGUUUAUUUCAACGUACAUUGAAAAAUGGAGAGAUUCAACGCCGUGAGUGGUUAAUUUAUUCAGAAACUAAGGGUUCUGUAUUUUGUGUUCCAUGCUUAUUAUUUGGUAGAAGUGUUGAAACAAAUGCUUUUACUGGUGAAGGAUUUCGUGAUUGGAACAACUCAAAAGCACGCCUCGAAGGUCAUGAAAAUUCUGAUUUUCACAAGACUAACGUUAGUUAUUUCAAAGCUCGAGCAGUAAUUCACGGGCGUGUUGAUCAACGUCUAAUAAAACAGCUGGAUGAGGAAAUUACAUACUGGAAAAAAAUCUUAUUCCGAGUCAUUGCAAUUAUUAAAUCACUAGCAAUAAGAGGAUUGCCAUUUCGAGGAAAUUCAGAACGAAUCGGAGAUCCCCAUAAUGAAAAUUUUUUAGGAACAGUAGAGCUUCUUGCUGAAUUUGAUCCAUUUUUGUCUGAACAUCUAAAAUUGUACGCGCACCCUGGUAGCGGAAAUACAUCGUACUUAUCUAAAACAAUCUAUGAAGAAAUCAUAUUAUUGAUGCAGAAUAAAGUACUACAACAAAUUUCUAGUGAGGUGCAAUCUGCUAAGUAUUUUGGUAUAAUUGUAGAUUCUACGCCUGAUAUUGCACAUGUCGAUCAGCUUACUAUAAUUAUUAGAUAUGUACGUGAUAACAGUGAUAUUGUUGAAAGGUUUCUAGAAUUUAUACCAAAUAUCGGCCAUAAAGCUAAAGAUAUUGAGAAUGCUUUGUUAAAAUCUCUAGAAAAUAAUGGUUUGGACAUAAUGAACUGUCGUGGUCAAUCUUAUGAUAAUGCAAGCAAUAUGUCAGAUAUUUAUUCAGGCCUUCAGACACGAAUCAAAACAAUUAAUCCUCUAGCAGAUUACGUUCCUUGUGCUGCUCAUUCUUUAAAUUUAGUAGGAUCAUGUGCGGUCGAAUCCGUCACAGAAGCAGUCGAUUUUUUUUCUACUUUGCAAGAAUUAUAUAAUUUUUUCACUAUAUCCACCCAUCGUUGGGAAAUCUUGGUGCAGCGUACAAAUUUAAGAAUUAAGAGUCUUUCUCAAACUCGUUGGUCUGCUCGACAUGAUGCCUGCUACGUGUUAGAAAAAGAAUGGUCUGCAAUAAUUGAUGCACUGGAAUUUAUUGCUGAAAGCGGAGAUGAGAAACCCACUACACGGUCUGAAGCUACGGGAUUGCAGCGAAAGUUGCAGCAUUUAGAAACAGCAAUUCUAGUCAUCGUUUGGAAUGUAAUUUUAGAUCGAUUUAAUGCUGCUAGUAAGAAGCUACAAGAAUCUCAAGCUGAUUUAUCAUCUGUUGUGCAGAUCUAUAGUUCUCUGGCUCUAUUUCUUCAGGACAUGAGAGACAGACAAUUUUAUGAAUAUGAAGAAAAAGCCAAAACACUAUCUGGCGUCCAAGAUUAUUAUCGUUAUGAUACACGUCGGAAAAAAACUAGAAAAAUUCAGCCAGAUGAGUCACGGGUAAAUGAGAGAAUACCUUCUUCUGGACAAGAAAAUUUUCGCACAAAUGUUUAUUACCCUAUUUUAGAUACUCUGAGUGUGCAAUUGGCCGGACGUAAAAGUGCAUAUGAAAAGCUUUACGAAAAAUUUAAUUUCUUCGAUAAUUUAUCUGAAAUAGAUACAACCGAAUUAAAAAAUCUUGCCAAUAAAUUAGUCAACAAGUAUCCUGACGAUUUAGAAGAGACAUUAGGCAACGAAUGUAUUCAUUUACAUUACCAACUUAAAGAUUCUUCAGCAAAUACGGAAGAUGUACGCUCUGCACAAAAUAUAUGCAAUGUAUUACACUCACGUAGUCUUCGAGAUGUUUACCCAAAUGUUGAUAUUGCUUUACGUAUUUUUUUGAGUGUUCCGGCUACAAAUUGUUCAGGAGAAAGAUCUUUUCCUACUUUAAAAAGAGUAAAAACCUAUUUACGUGCCAGUAUAGGUCAAGAUAGACUUAAUGCUCUUGCAUUAUUGUCUAUUGAAGCUCAACUAGUCCAAGAAAUUGAGUAUGAUGAUAUAAUUGAUAUUUUUGCGCGUACCAAAGCCAGGAAAAAGAAAUUUUAG